AUGGAUAGAGUGCUUUACGGAAGUAAUGUGCUAGGGAAUGUAUGUUUUGACAGUUUCCUAUGGUGGUGUGGAAGUUGUAACGCCGAGCAAAUUUACUUGUAUAAGAGUACCAGGUAAAGUACGCGUAUGUUUGAAGUCCAUUUGUAACAACUCUGUAUGGUGACCACUUACGAUAAUAUAUCAAAUUAUAUCACUACAAUGAAGGCCCAGGAAGAAACCAUCAUGGCUGAUGUAAGGGAUAUUCUUGAACUGGAGAGGCCACCUACACCAGAAAUAACUAAAGAAGCAAUUUUAGGGUCUGAAAAAGUGAAAAAGAAGCCAAUAACAACAAAGGUUUCAAAACGUCCUGAAGGAAUGCACCGAGAAGUAUUUGCUUUGCUUUAUACUGAUAACAAGGAUGCACCACCACUAUUUCCAACAGAUACAGGUCAAGGUUACAAACAACUUAGAGCUAAACUGGGAAUGCGACGUGUGCGUCCCUGGAGGUGGAUGCCAUUUACAAAUCCAGCUCGUUCAGAUGGGGCUGUUUUUCAUCACUGGAAGAGGAUAACAGAUGAAGCAAGGGAUUAUCCUUUUGCGAAAUUUAAUAAGCAAGUUCCAGUUCCAACUUACACGGACAACGAGUACCUACAGCACUUGCAUAAUGACUCGUGGAGCCGACAAGAAACUGAUCACUUGUUUGACUUGUGCCGUCGUUUUGAUUUACGUUUCAUUGUGAUUCGUGAUCGUUGGGAUCGAUCUCGUUUUCCAGAUAGAAGCGUAGAGGAUCUAAAGGAGCGAUACUAUGACAUUUGUGCAGUAUUGAACAAAUUGAAAGCUGGUUCCAGUCAUGAAACUAAGGUGUACGUGUUCGAUGCGGACCACGAAAGACGACGGAAGGAGCAACUGAAACGAAUUUUUGAACGAACUUCAGAGCAGAUUGAGGAAGAGCAGACUCUUAUCAAUGAACUGAAACGAAUCGAAGCAAGGAAGAAAGAACGGGAGAAGAAACAACAAGAUCUUCAGAAACUGAUAACGGCUGCUGAUAACCAAGCAGAAACAAGGAAAUCUGAAAAGAAGCUUACGAAGAAAAAGUUACAGCAUCAAAUAAGACCACGUAUCGAUCCCAAUGUUGUGGAAACAGCCGGAAUCAAGUUCCCGGACUUCAAAGGAAGUGGUGUAAGUUUACGUUCCCAACGCAUGAAACUGCCUGCCAGUGUGGGGCAGAAGAGAACCAAAGCCAUCGAACAGCUUCUGCAAGAACUUUUUAUAGAAUUGAACCCAAUGCCAACAGAAGACAUAUGCGUACACUUCAAUGAGCUACGUAGCGAUAUGGUCCUGCUUUACGAGUUGAAGACGGCACUAGCAACGUGCGAGUACGAGCUGCAGACUCUUCGCCAUCAGUACGAGGCUUUGAAUCCCGGGAAGAUCUUUGAAGACCUUGGUGGUCCCCACUUCCAUCUCGGGGAACAGGGAAGCACCCCAAAAUUAUGUUUCCGCAGAGAGUGACACCACAAGACAGAAAGGAAUCUCCGAGAUCAUAGAUGUAGUGGGUUCUCCAGGCACUCCUAACCUUACAUGAAUGUUUUUGUGCUU